AUGGACUGGUUCCAUUGCAAUCACUGCUUCCGCCAAGAUGGUGCCAACUUCUGCAUCACCAGCUGUGGACACCUCUUCUGCAGGAAAUGCUUUGCUGCGGAGAUAUGCCCCAUUUGUGGAGUGACCUGCAAAUAUCUGUGUCUCGCCGAUAAUAUGAAACCCCAAGAAAAGAUCUUUUUCAAGAGCCCAGUGGAAAUGGCCCUCAAAUAUCUGGCCCACAUCUCCCAGGUGUGGAGUUUCCAGCGGGCGCAGAGCGAGCGGCUUCUCUCGUUCUACAAGGACAGGGUGUCCCAGGCGGAGGGGUCCCUGCAGGAGACGCGCCAGAAACUCUCCAUCCGCGACAGGGAGCUGGAGGCUCUGAGGCGGGAGAACGACGAACUGAAGAAAUAUCUGAGCAUCCUCAAGGCCUCGCCCAGCCGAUGCCAGGGCAGCAGCCGCUCCUCCUCGCUAGAGUCCAUCCCCUACCGCCUCUCCAGCACCCCCAGCUGGCCGCAGGCUCCGGGACCUGCCCAGACCCCCACUGGCUCCAGCAUCGCCACCCCGUCUCCCGCCUCCACCCAGAGCCUGUCCUACUGGUGA